GGGAAACACAGGCUAAAACACCGACUCAACUGUCGCGCCUCACACACACAUGAUCCGGAUCCCCGGUCCCGCGGCUUUAGCGCCAGUGUGAGGAGAGGAUCGCCCGGAUUUGGACCGAUCCUGAGCUCGAUCAGAGAUGGAGGCCAUCUAUGGAGAGAUGGAGGUGGAGAGCUGCUACACGCUUCUGGAACUGCCUUCGCCCAAGAAGAAACGCAAGAGCAAAGGCAGCGUGGAGAGCUCAGACAAACCCAAGAAGCCCAGGUCAGCGUAUCUGCUUUAUUACUUCGACGUGCAUCAGAGCGUCCAGCAGGAGCAUCCGGACCUGCCGCAGUCUGAGAUCAACAAAUGCAUCAGCGACAGCUGGAAGAGGCUGAACGUGGCGGAUCGAGGUUAUUACCUGGAGAGAGCACGCAUGGAGAAAGACGGCAUCGACCCGAGCAGCCAGUCAGCAGCUGCGUCCUCUCAGGACGUCCCAGGUUUCCGCAAGAUCCUCCCGAGGGCGAAUUAUGUGCUCCUGCCCAAGAAUUCAGCGGGAGGCGAGCGGGUCGAGGGAGACGGCGAGACGGACACCCUGGUGGACGGAGCCGUUGAUGGAGCCCCUCGGGCCGCGGUGCAGGAGACGCUGGUGUCCCCCAUGACUCUGGGCAGUGAGGUGGAGCUGUCAGAGCAGUGCAUUGCCAUUGAGGCUCUCAGUGAAGAUGCGCCGUCCCAGAAUGCCACUGAAAGACUGCAAGUUCUCGGUCAGGACGCUCUUAAAGCCGCCCCUCUGCUCAUGAAGAGGGAGGAGUCUCGAGUGUCAUAUGGUGACGUUGGCAUGGCGAUAGAGAAUGGAAUGGAGGGCGGGGCUUUGUUGCCACAGAUCAAAGCAGAUGCUACUCAUCUAGUUGCCAUAAUACCAAAUCAGGGUCUUGUGGAGAAUAAAGUGAUUAACACGGCCAGUCCAAUAAUGAUGUUUCCAUUGGUUAGCACUGUGAAACCAGAACCCAAACCCUCUUUUAAACUGGUUAGUAAAUAUACACGACGAGGACGGGGCAACUGCACCACACCCGGGUGUGUGUUUUCAUAUGUCACCCGUCACAAACCGCCCCAGUGCCCUGACUGCGGACAACACCUUGGGGGGAAAUGGGUGGCACCUGCUAAGAGAAGCUCAGUCAAAACUUCUGACCCGUCUUCAGGAAAACAGUGUGACGAUUCCAAACCUCAUCCAUCAGACCCUAAUGAGACGUCGCCAAAAGACACAGAACUCACAGAAGAGCAGACGAUUGCUUCUGUUAUUACUGAGAAAACCUCUUCAGAUAAAACUCAGGACGGAGGGACUGCUGCUGCUCGCAGGGCGGCCCGUAAAAAGAAAGAGCGAGUGAAUACAACGUCAGCCCAACAAACACCUGAUGGAGGCGCUUUUAAAACACCUGAAUGUGCACAGAGCGCCGAAUGCACAACUGUGCUAUCAUUGAGUGGUGGUCAAGUCCAGGUUGUCACGAGAGAGAAGGCCAGCAGUGCUUUACAGAAACGCCGGAUACGAGCUAUUCUCCCUGCUCCUGCACAGAAUAAUACGGGCGCUCAGUCUGCAGUUGUGCAGUGGAUCACAGUUCCACCUGAUAAAGUCAAAUCAGACACUAGUGUCAUCAGAGCAGUGAAACCAUCAGCCAGUGAACACAUUGCAGGACUGAAACCCAGCACUCUCAAACAGCUGGGUCACAUGAUCACACCCAGUGCCUUACAACAGAAGCCCAUGACGGUCAGCAGUAACCAGUACAUCAUCACAGACAACGGCGUCAAGAUUCUCUCCAUGCUGCCCUUCAAGAAAACAGCUGGAUCCUCCCUAGCUCUGGGUUUGUCUACAGCGAGAGGUCGCGGUCGAUGUAAGAAUCCGGCGUGUGAUUACGUCUACAAGAACAGACACAAACCUCAACACUGUCCCACCUGUGGCUGGGAACUCACCAACAAACCCACCAAGAAGAACAAACUCACACCGUCUGUUGAGGAUGUGUGCUCUACUGCGGUUCUGUUGGACGCGUCUCAGCCUCUGAGCGGCGCUCAGAAAGAGCAGCAGCGUCACUCCACCGUCAGUCUGCUGCGCUCUUGUCUGCAGUUCCCUGAGAGCGAGAGUGAGCUUCAGGACGUCUUCAGUCUCAUACAGCAGCUCAACAGCCAGCAGAACCACACGGAGGAGACCAGCGGGUGGCCGAGCUUCUACGAGCCGGUGGCGACGCACUGCAGUCUGUGUCAGUACCCGCUGCUCAAAGGAGAACAGAGUUCGCUUGCGGGGUUGGAGGAAUGCUGGUUGUUGACGGAGCAAUUGAUUCGUCCCGUCACUCUACAGCUGAAAGUCUGUACAAACCUCCAGUGUCUGGCCCUACACAGUUUCACAGACCUGCACCCAGGUCUGUUUAACGUGGGUAAUAAGCUGCUGGUGACGCUGGAUUUGUUCUUUAAGAUGAGACAUCAGCUCAGACUGGGCGAUGAACCUGCACACGCCGCUCUCGGUAUCAUCAAACACUCACUGACGCUCACAGACGGCGCACUGAGUUCGGAUCAGCUGUCGCGUGUUCAGGAUCUGUUCUGCAGCGGUUACUGGGCGUUCGAGUGUCUGACGGUUCGAGACUAUAACGACAUGAUCUGUGGCGUGUGCGGCCUCGCUCCCAAACUGGAGAUCGCACAGCGCAACUCCAACAACGUGUUACUGCUCAAAAACGUGGAGUUCACGUGGCCUGAUUUCCAAGCAACAGAUGAGGUUCACGUUGACGAGUUUUGGCUGACGAUGGAGAACGAGGCACUGGAACAGGCGGCGUUUCCCUCCAGCUUUCCUAUUACACGCUUUGACGCCUCCAUCAUCGCUCCGUUCAUCCCUCCUCUCAUGAGAAACACCACCGUCAUCAACACGGAGAAAGACAAAAUCACCUCUGACACACAACUCACAGGUGACCCAUCUGUCCUGGUGCGUCUGAUCCACGAAGGUCGUCUGAUUCCAGAUCAGAUGGAUCUGCACAGUAAAGAUGAGCUCAGAGAUGUGCUGGAGAAAUGUGGGAUUCCUGCUGCAGCAGACGCUGAUAAAGACGAGCUGCUGGCGUCUGUGUCUUUGUUGUAUUCACACACACAGAACGGUUUGUGGACGGCACAGCGGCCUGACACACUCAUGACGGCAGGCAGAGUCAGUAAAGUGUGUCCUCAUCAGGUCGUGUGCGGAUCUAAGUAUAUGGUCCGUAGAGAAAGCGCUCGAGAUCAUCUGGACCUGCUGGUUUCCUCCAGGUUUUGGCCACCGGUGUACGUGGCGGAUUGUGCCCAGAAGGUGGCGCUCUGCACUGAUGUAUUAUAUCCUGAACUGGCUUCACAGAUGUGGGGGAGAAAUCAGGGAUGUUUCUCUGACCCUACAACACCACCACAGUACGUCUCGUGCUCGGAGCUUCAAGACCAGCCGUACAGUUUGGAUCUGACAGCGACCGAAUCCAACCCUCAUCUGCACCCUCUCACCAAAUCCGCCUCUCGCUGGAUAGUGCGACCCGACAGACCCAACGCCCUCCACGACGCUCACCACGCCAUCACCCUCUGCAAAGAGUUGGAGCCGUACGCCGGCGCCGUCGCAGAGAUCUGUGAUGAACCCGAAGCUGAAACCAGCAUCGACGACAGCAGCGUGACGGCGGUUCGACGUAAAGCUCUGGUGUUCGAUAACGCAGCGUAUUACUACCUCUAUAACCGCCUGCUGGACUUCCUGAGCAGCAGAGACAUCGUAAAUCAGCAAAUCGCAGAGGUGCUGAGCGCCUGUCAGCCGGGAGAGGUGGUGAUGAUCAGAGACGCCCUCUACAGGCUAGGAGUCGCACAGAUCAACUCGGACCCGCAGGAAGUGGAGGAGGAAGCGGCCGACGGAGGACUGGACAAACACUCGGAUGGAGUCGUGUUCGAGGAGGUGAUGCUCGUCUGACUCAGGGAUCCGUUAUGAGCAGGUUUACCCAACUUUUUUUAAAAGAGAAAGUGAAAAUGUGCCUGGAAAGACAGUGAUUUCAUUUCAGUUUUUUUAAUAUAUAUUCAGUCAUGGGCAGAAUUAUUGGCAUGCUUGGUAAAUAUGAGCAAAGGUGGAUGUGAAAAUAAAUCUGCAUUGUUUAUCUUUUUGAUAUUUAAUUUAAAAAAUUCACAAAAUGCGAAUCUAUCAUUGAAAUAAAACAAUGAAAGUGGGGGAAAAUCUUAUUAUGAAAUAAUAUUUUUUUCUAGUUCACGUUGAUCACAAUUUUUGGAACCUAAUUAUUGCAACGUCUUUUUCCCAAGAUAGCAGCUCUGAGUUUUCUCCUAUAAUCCCUGAUGAUUUUGGAGAACAUCUGACAAGAGAUCAGAGACCAUUCCCUCAUACGGAUUCUCUCCAGAUCUUUCAGAUUCACAGCUUUUCUCUUCAGUUCACCCCAUUCAUUUUCUAUAGGGUUCAGGUUGGAACUGCCAUGGCAGAAGCUUCCUAAUGGAAGAUCCAACCACUGCCAAGGGUGCCAAUAAUUCUGACCAUGACUGUAUAUGUUUUUCUUUUCUUUUUUUUUAUUUCAUAUUUUUAUUUUUUCUUAUUUGUUUUACAUUAUUUUUAUUUUAUUUAAUGUUCAUUUUUAUUUAAUAUUUUUAUUUUAUUUAAUAUUUUUGUUUGUUUAUAUUUAUUUUAAUUUUAUUAAUUUAUUUUUUAUUUAUGUUUAUUUUUAUUUUUUAGAUUUUCUUUUCUUUUUUUCUUUUUUUAAUAUUUUUCUUAAUUUUAUUUUAGAGAUGGUGUGGAGACAAACAGAAACUGCGAGGUUGUUUCAGAUCCUGAAAGCACUUCAGAUGAUGGGAAUAAUUCAUGCAAAAAUAAACUCUGUUGUCAUUUAUUCACCUUCAUGCUGUUGUUUAAUCAGUGGAGCACAAAAUGUUUUUAAAGCAUUUUCAUGCUCCUUUUUUUCAGUUCAUGAACAUAUGUCGUAUGAUUUCAGAAGACCUGGAAUAUACCGCACAGCUCCAAAAAAACCUACUUGGGCCUAAAUUUCAGAUUUAUGUUUUUGAAUUGCAUGUAAAAUUUUCAUCCAUUUGGAUUUAACAGUUUUAACAUAAGCUAAUGAACUUAAGUAGUCCACUUCCAGAACAAAUAUUUGCAGAUAAUGUACUCACCCCGUUGUCAUCCAAGAUGUUCGUUUUUCUUUCUUCAGUUGUAAAGAAAUAGUUUUUUGAGGAAAACAUUUCAGCAUUUUUCUCCAUAUAGUGGACUUUUAUGGUGUCUGUGAGUUUGAAUUUCAAAAAUGUAGUUUAAAUGCAGCUUCAAGGGGCUCUAAACGAUCCCAGCCUUAGAAGGGUCUUAUCUAGCAAAACGAUCUGUCAUUUAUUUAAAAAAAAAAACAAAAAAAAAAGUAUAUACGUUUUAGUAGGGUUGGGUAUUGUUUGGGCAGUUUUCGAUACCGGUUUAUUCCAUGUACCCUCGAAUGUUUCAUUAGGUUUGAUGUGUUUCCCCCUUUACACGCAACUGUUGUAAAACAUUUGCUGCACGUUGCGGUGUCUGAAUAAUUUCUGGUGAAAUAUAGCCACACUUUAGAACGUUUAGUUUUUGGCAUUUUAAGUUAGACGCGUUUAAUGUCACUAGCUAAGCUAACGGCAAACCACCUGCUGCAGUCAGAGCAAGUGUAAUGAUAGUUGCUGCAUUCACGCACUUCUCGGAUGCUCUCAUUUCCUGACGAUUUGUGCUUUUAAUUCGAAAUGUGAAAAUGGACAGUAACUACAAAGAUGUCAUGGAUUUGUAUCA